AUGUCAUUUGUGGAAGCGGAGGGAAACGCUGCCUCGUCUGCGACAAAUAGUGAGGAAUAUGAAGAUGCCCAAGACGAGCUACGGCCACUUCCUGAGCGUUCUAUGUUGAUAAUUGGUAUCGGACGUAGCAGUAAUCAUCCGUCUCGCCGUGAUUCAUUACCAAAUGAAAGUGAAAUAAGUGAUGCGGCAAUCAACAAGCAACCAACGCUGUCGUCGCAGUCUGAAAAUAUCUCAACUUCGUCUAUUUCCUCAUCGCUAAAAGAUGGUGUAGCGGCGGAUCGUCGGUAUCGUUUAGAUGCUUUACGGAAUCGAAUGACUAGUGAAUUUGGGUCAGGACAUACGUUACUGAACACUAGUGUUGGUGGUUACACAGAUGAUGACACCGGUUCAGCAAGUGAAAGUGCGUCUUUGGCAUCCUGGGGACGUAAUCUACUUAUACAAGCUCCUUAUGCGAAGAUGAAAUUAGUAUAUCCGGCUGAUACAAUUAGCACGAAGGCUUUUUCCAGCCACCAUAAUCUAAGCAGCGGGACAGACUCGUUCUCACAGAACACUAAUUUCGGUAACGAUAAUGGAUCGAAGAAUGUGGAGUCAAUACCACCACCUCAUCCUCCAUCAUCGUCAUUCAUAAAAAUAUCAUAUGAUAAUACUGCCUUCGGUGUAAUACUCCCUCCUCCUCAUAGUGUUCCUCCGCCAUUACCACCGAGAAAGCCGUGCGGAAGACUUCCUAAUGCCCUUUCACCUCAACAAGUGGAUUCGCUUAUUGGAAAAGGGCCAACGAAAGAAGUCGAAGAAGGGAAGAGUGACGCAAGCCAUUCAUCAUUUCAUACCAUCAAACAAGAAAAACCAUCGAAAAAGGAUGCCGUUUCGUUGGUUGAUGGUUUUGCUCGAUUACGUGGACAUGCGAAAACAAAUUCGCUGGAUCGUGGAUUGAGUUUGGCAAAAAGCAUGAAAUCGGGUCCGUUUCCACCACGUAGUGAUAAAAGUAAUUCCUUGAAACGAGAAUAUUUUGCUGAUUCUCCGUGUAGUUCACCCUAUUUGUCGUUUGAUGGCGAAGAAGAUCUAAGAAACAGUGAUGCACAGGGUGUUAUUCAUCAAAUCACCUCCUCAAUAUUCAACGAACCAUUAAAGGAAGAAUUGUUGGCAUUGGAAUCACCUGCGCGCGGUAUACCAACUGGUCGUUUGUCGUCGGUUGGAGAAGAAUUUUCUACCAACUCUUCAAUUUCCACUUCUUCCCCGAAAAGAUCGAUUUUAAACGAUAGCAGAGUAGCAGACGAUGCAUCUCAGGACAAAUUAUAUAAAUUGCCAAUUUCACUUUCAAAGUCUGUAAGUCACUCAAAAUUGGUUGAUGCUCUUAUUUGUCUAUAUUUAAUGCUUGAUUCAGAUCCGUCAUCUAAGGAUUUUGCGGUUGGGAAUCAUUCGGAAACAGCAUCGGAGCAAGUUUCCAUGAGGAACGACUGUACUGCGCAAAAUGCUGAAACUGAAUAUUCAGAUCCGAUAACUCGGGAUGUGGAAAGACGUAUGAGCAUGAAGGGACAUCAACAGAUUUCUGGAGAGUCGGAAAAUGGUCCUUCUUCACACAUAGCUGCAUCGUCGAGCGGUUUUGGUCGAGCAACGGGAUUCGUUAAGGGAUAUGGAGCCUAUGCAUCUGAAUUUUUUCGUGGUGCUUUCUUAAGAGCAAAAAGUGUCGUAUCUUCAGGCGCAACAUCAAAAUUCUCCAAAGAAGACGAUGAAAGUUGUAAUGAAAGUGAUCAUGAAGAUUCUGCCAUAGCUGAGGGUACUCCCAUUGUACGGCCAAGGAAUUCGAAGAAAGGACCAUUUGAUUUUGAUGGAACACGUUGCUACCAAGAGCUAAACAACGAGCACACGGGUGCUAUAUGGUGCAUGAAAUUUUCGUUAUGUGGGCGUCUCUUGGCUACAGCUGGUCAAGAUAGUAUAAUACGGGUUUGGGUGCUGCGCAAUCAUUUAUCAUAUUUCAAUGCCUUACGUGACCGUUACAAUUCACAUUCUAAAAAAAUUUCAAUGAGUAUGGGCGAAAAUGUGUUGCAAAGUGCGAUGAAAGAUAUUGAAAAUGAUUUACGUUCUUCCUCUACUACUCUUGGUGAAAGCGCCGAAUCAUCCGCAUCACACGACGAUGAAAAUAACUCCCUAACAACUGCUUUAAUGGCAUCAAAACCAUUAUGUACAUAUAGGAGUCAUACUGCUGACGUAUUAGAUUUGUCAUGGUCUCGUAAUUACUUUAUUCUGUCCUCCGGAAUGGAUCGUACUGUUAAGUUGUGGCAUCUUUCUCGUCCAGAAUGCCUUUGCUGUUUUCAGCAUAUGGAUUUCGUUACAUGCAUUGCUUUCAUGCCAAAGGAUGACCGAUAUUUUCUUUCUGGAUCAUUAGAUGGCAAACUUCGUCUAUGGCACAUACCGGAUAAGAAAGUAGCUUUAUGGAACGAAGUGGAGCAAGUAAAAUUCAUUACGGCUAUCGCAUUCGCUAAAAAUGGGAAAUUUGCGGUAGUAGGUACAUACGAUGGUCGUUGUUUUUUCUAUACAACUGAUCAACUCAAAUAUCAUACCGUCAUUGACGUCAGAUCAAGUCGAGGCAAAAAUGCUAGAGGACAUAAAGUAACAGGCCUAGCUGUUCAUGGGGAUAAAUUAUUGGUUACUUCGAAUGAUUCACGUAUUCGUAUGUAUGAUCUGCGAGAUAUGGCCCUAACGUGCAAGUUUAAGGGUGCUCAGAAUGAAAGGAGUCAGAUCCGAGCUUCUUUAUCACCUGAUGGUAAACAUAUUGUUUGUGGAAGUGAGGAUCGUUUUAUUUAUAUUUGGACAACUGCUGAUUUACCGUCCUCAUUAGCUGUCCGCAAAGAUCGUAACGAUUCAUGGCAGCGUUUGCGAGGUCACUCAGCAUGUGUAACAGUGGCAAUAUUUGCACCUCGUCCACAGCUGUUUCUAAACCUUCUGGAGCAACGUCGCAGUGGUGAUGAGAGGAGUGAACAGCUGAAACCUAGCAAAAAUAUAUCAGAUCGACAAAUUCACGGUGAUGUCAUCAUUUCAGCCGAUCUAAACGGUUCAAUUCGUAUUUUCGUGAACCGCACGAGGAUUAAAGCUGGUUCGUCAAAUUUUUUUCCCACCGAUUAA